ACAGCACUAGCAUCGUUAGCUGUGUGGAUGUGUGCAGUUAGCGGACAGACGGUGGUGUGGGAGUAUCUCAGCUAAAUAUUCCAGUUGUAACGGAGCAGCGAUGUCUUCUGUUCAGUAUCUGAGAGACUUUGUCACCGAGCGACUAACUGCUGCUGCUGAAGAAAUAUUCGGAGUCUUUGAAAAAACCAUCGUCGAGUACGAGGCAGAGGUCGAUCGUCAGCGCAGACUGCUGGAUAUCGUUUGGAAACCUGAAGUAAAGUUACACAGGAUAGAGCUCCCACAGCAGCAUGUCUGUCAGGAGGAGGAGGUUCUCAGUGACCAGCAGCUCUGUGACCAGGAGAGGAACUCCAGCCUGGACCAAGAGGACCCAGAUCCACCACAGAUUAAAGAGGAGGAGGAGGAGGAAACCUGCAGCGGUCAGGAGGGAGAGCAGCUUGUACUGAAGCAGGAGACUGAUGCCUUUAUGUUGACUCCUGAUUAUGAGGGAAGUGACCACACUGAACCAGAACCAGGCAGAGACCAGCAGCUCCUCUCUCACAGCUCUCCUGUAGAUGAGAGCCAAGAUCAGACAGGAAGCAAACAUGUGGACUCAGGAUUAACUAGAAAUGCAGAGACAAAGACACAGAAGAGACAACACAACAACAGGAGUCACAGCAACAGUGUUUCCAACAAAGAGCUCCCACAGCAGCAUGUCUGUCAGGAGGAGGAGGUUCUCAGUGACCAGCAGCUCUGUAACCAGGAGAGGAACUCCAGCCUGGACCAAGAGGACCCAGAUCCACCACAGAUUAAAGAGGAGGAGGAGGAAACCUGCAGCGGUCAGGAGGGAGAGCAGCUUGUACUGAAGCAGGAGACUGAUGCCUUUAUGUUGACUCCUGAUUAUGAGGGAAGUGACCACACUGAACCAGAACCAGGCAGAGACCAGCAGCUCCUCUCUCACAGCUCUCCUGUAGAUGAGAGCCAAGAUCAGACAGGAAGCAAACAUGUGGACUCUGAAUUAACUAGAAAUGCAGAGACAAAGACACAGAAGACACAACACAAGAACAGGAGUCGCAGCAACAGUGUGUACAACAAAGGUAAGAAGUCUUUCAAAUGUGAGACUUGUGGAAAAGCAUUUGAGUAUAAGUACAUUUUAAAUGAGCAUCUGAGAAUCCACACAGGAGAGAAACCAUAUUGCUGCGAUACGUGUGGGAAGCAUUUCAGAAGUAAAAACGGCUGGUUCCUCCACAGAAAAAUUCACACAGGUGAGAUGCUGUACCCCUGCAGCACCUGUGGGAGAAGAUUCACUACCAUGUCAGGGAUGAUAAAGCAUGUGAGAAGUCACACAGGUGAGAGGCCGUACCCCUGCAGCACCUGUGGAAAAAGAUUCACUGAUUCGUCAGGGCUGAAAAGGCAUAUGAGAUCUCACACAGGUGAGAAGCCAUAUCCUUGUCAAAUAUGUGGGAAGACUUUUGUGUCUCGUGGUAACUUGAAAAUCCACACCAGAAUUCAUACAGGUCAGAAACCAUAUUCUUGUGAAAUAUGUGGGAAAACUUUUUUGGGUCAUGGUACCUUGAAAGUCCACAUCAAAAUUCACACAGGUGAAAAGCGAUAUUCUUGUGAAAUCUGUGGGAAGGGUUUUGUCUUCUGUUGUGACUUGAAAGUCCACAGAAGAACUCACACAGGUGAGAAGCCGUACUGCUGCAGCAGCUGUGGGAAAAGAUUUAGUCGCAAGUCAGGGCUGAAAGCACAUACAAAGGUGCAUACAGGUGAGAAGCCAUGUUCUAGUACAACUUGUGACAGAAGUUUUGUACAGAGUAAUACCUUGAAGGACCACAGAGGAUCUCACACAGGUGAGAAGCCGUAUCCCUGCAACACUUGUGGGGAAAGGUUCUCUCAGUCAUCAGACUUUAAAAGACAUGCAAGAGUUCAUACAGGUUAAAAGUCUAAAGUAUAUUUACAGAACACAUGUCAGAGCUUUCAGACCUGGCAUUAUCAUGUGUGUCAGGUGAUCCCAUCACAAGUGGGCAGCUCCAGACAUGUGAUUUCCAGCAGGCAGUGGAUGCAGUAGCAGCCGUUCAGGUUUAACAGGCCUUUUAAUAUUUCUUUGCAUCAUAAAUGAAGAAACAGUCUGAGUGAAUGAUGAAUGAAAGGAUGUUUCUCUGCCUUUUCAUCUUUAUUAGUUAAUGAUAGCUAGGUAGAAAAAAAUUCAAUGCAUUGUGGUGCUCAAAGGCUACUGGCAGCUAAGGGCAGCUUUUAAGGCGGAAUGCUUUUUUUCUAUGUUACUGAGUGCAUGAGUUGAGGUUGUGGAUCCAUCAACACACCUUAAAUUUAUACAGGACAACUUUGACCAUUCUCUUUGUUUUUAUUUUCUCUCUAUGAUGACAUACACUGUAAUGAUGAUUGGAUCUUUAUCUCAAAGUGUAUAUAUGAAUUUGAACCAUUUAAAGCAAAAUUCAACUAAAUUAUUUCCUCACUUGGACAAGAAACAGAGGCAAUGCCUCGCUCCAGUGACAGACUGGAUCUAUUCAUCAGUCUCUUCCACUCUGAUGUUGAAGCUGAGAAAGCUUCCUUCACUGUUGAGUCACUCAUGUUUUAUUCUUUCCACCUAAAGUUUUUUCCUUUUGUCCAGAACAUGUCCUUUCAUUUUAUCUUUUUAUGUAUUUUCGAUUGCAUCAACUUGAUAAAAUGUUUGUUUCAAGUUUCAAAGGAGAAUCAAACACAAGUUGUUGAAGUUUUUUUUUUAACUUGGUUUUAGCAAAUGUACGAUAUGAAUAAACUUUUAUUGUGAUGGAAUUUUGAUUGCAAGAAUAUUUCUUUCACUGCUGGUUAUUCAGACUGAUCUUUGCAAACUGAUGCAUUGGGUGGUCAGGGUAACUAAGAGCAUCAUCAGUCUAAGUGGUGGCAAUAAAGGAACAUU